CUAUCCAACGCAAAGAUGCAGAGUCCAGGGAAAUCUCUGACCGAGGCGCUGGCCUCCGCUCAUACCGAGGACCGCCUUACCAUUGGCGUUUACGAAUCUGCAAAAAUUAUGAACGAUGAUCCAGACAGCGUUUCUUUCUGCGUCUUGGCUACCGACGAGGAGUUCGAGUGUGACAUCGCUCUGCAGAUCCACUUCACCCUGAUCCAGGCGUUCUGCUUCGACAAUGACAUCAGCAUCGUCAGAGUGAACGACAUGCAGAGACUUGUCGAGAUAUUGGGCGACAAAGCCGGCGAUCUUGAAGAUGCUCACUGCGUUCUUAUCACGAACCCAAAUGAGGAUUCGUGGAAGGACCCAGCUCUGGAGAAGCUGCACCUGUUCUGCGAGGAAAGCCGCAGCCUGAACGACUGGGUGCCUGAAAUCACUCUCCCUGAGCGCUGAACUGGGACUUUACAACUCUCCGCGGAGAUGCUGUUACCCUGAAGGAAUAAUCAUCCUACACUAGACACGGAUGGUGCAAAUUCCACACAUCCCUGGAUGUUCCGGAAGAGGGAUAUCGUUCCAGGAAGCGCGAGGACCCGCCAGAGAGUGUCCUUGCGGUCGCGCGGUGAUGUUUAUGCCAGAAAUUCCCCCGUCCUUUGUACGGAUGCGGCCUGGUGAACCACUGCGGCAAGGGAGGCUUCGAGGAAGCUUUGCCCGGAGAAGCAAAGACAGUAGCGUCAACCGAAUUUACAGCGCGGCGCUAUGUUAUAGACUUUAUGUUCCAUAAAGAUGCUAUAGCGGUCAAAAGAAUGAGCAGAAUACCCCAGAGGAUUAUAAUGGACAUUUAAUGAUAAAACAGUCUUCUGAAGUUUACUUUGCAGAGAAAAAGAGACUUGGAUCACGUGGGUCAAUCGGUUCUGA